UAAUCGCCAACCCUAACACAAAAAGGAGAAGAAAAAAUAUAUACAAUUGAAUGCCUUCACAUAAAGCGUUUGGAGCCUCGCGAGUGAUGGGCAGGGACCAGGGGGAGUCAAUGCAAAAAAUAUCCAUCCGAGAGCGAGGAAGCUUAAUCAAUAAGCGAGGAUUAUAAUGUGCAGUUUUGUAGCAUAACGUCUGGAAAAUUGUAUUCUGUAACUGCUCGAGCGAAUGCCGCAUCAUAAUUACCCUGCUAGGACCGUUAACUGAUCAUUUGUUGAGCGCAGUCAAAGGAUUUUAUCCUCUAACGUGUUCUUGCUCUUACCGGCAUCUCUCCCCUCUACACGGAUACCUUGAAGCAUCGCGACCUCUUCACGGAGCAUUCAAGGCCAAAUUUGGUGGUAAUUUAGGUAAUUAACUGAAUGUAACCGUAUUCAUUAUUUGGUUGCCGUAUGAAUUCUGUUAUCGGGUUAGUGUCAGCGUACGUUUUUGUUUUUCGGGCGGCCAGUGCGUUUUGAGGGCAGUCUCUCUGUCAUUAAAGACAUUUGAUUCGUGAUCCCCCGAUUCCUACCUCUGGAAUAUGUCGGGACAGACCAUCACGGACCGGAUCGCCGCGGCUCAGCACAGCAUGAGCGGCUCAGCUGUAAGCAAAGCCGUCUGCAAGGCCACGACGCAUGAGGUCAGCGGACCGAAGAAGAAGCACCUUGACUACCUGGUCCACUGCACCAACGAGCUGAGUGUGGGUGUGCCCCUCCUGGCCGACGCCCUGCUGGAGAGGACCGCCAGCAACAGCUGGGUGGUGGUGUUCAAGGCCCUCAUCACCACACACCACCUCAUGAUGUACGGCAACGAGAGGGUCAUGCAGUACCUGGCGUCCAAAAACAACCUCUUCAACCUCAGCAACUUCCUGGACAAGGCAGCCCUCCAAGGGUAUGACAUGUCUACGUUCAUACGGCGGUAUAGCCGCUACCUAAAUGAGAAGGCAAUGUCCUACAGACUGGUGGCUGUAGACUUCACCAAGAUGAAGAGAGGGGUUGACGGAGUGAUGCGCACCAUGACAACAGAGAAGCUGAUCAAGACUCUCCCCAUCAUCCAGAACCAGCUGGACGCUCUAUUGGACUUCCAGGCUAACUCCAAUGAGUUGACAAACGGUGUGAUAAACACAGCGUUUAUGCUGCUCUUUAAAGACUCCAUCCGACUAUUUGCUGCGUACAAUGAGGGCGUCAUCAACAUGCUUGAGAAGUAUUUUGACAUGAAGAAGCAGCAGUGUAAAGAGGCCCUGGACAUCUAUAAGACCUUCCUCAGCAGGAUGACCAAGCUAUCUGAGUUUCUCAAAGUUGCCGAGGCCCCUAGCAGUCUUCUGGAAGCUCUGGAGCAGCACCUGGCCUCUCUGGAGGGGAGGAAGAGCAAGGACCUCCCUGCAACCAGAGCCAGCGUGCUCAGCAGCCCUGUGGGUGCAGCUCAAUCCGGAAGCAUCUCUCUUAGUCGCCUGGAUGACAAGACAGACGACAGCAGGCUGACUCAGCACAAGGAGGAGGGGCCUAAGAUGAGUGACAGCCAGGCCGUGUCGCCCGGCACCCAGUCCGUGGGAGGGGCUGCUGACCUGUACUCCACCUCACCUGGUGCACCUGCCCCCAGCCAUGAGUUGUUCACUCUGCAGGCCAGCUUCCCUCCAGCCAUCCAGACCACGCCCACUGUGCCAAACACAAAUCACUACGCCUGGGGAGGCGGCCUGCUGAAGCAAGCCCCGCCGCCUCACAUACACAACCCUGCACAGCUGCAUUCUGGGAAGAUGAUGCCUAGCGACUUAGACUCUUCCCUUGCCAACCUGGUCGGCAACCUGCAGUUUGGAGGAACACCAGCCAAGAAGCCAGAGCUGCAGUGGAACCAGCUGGUUGAGAAGAAGCCGUCAGGAGGCUGGCAGUCUAAGACCAUGGUCACCAGCAGCAACUGGACUCACGCCACACACCCCAUGGCGCCCCAGCCGAUGCCUGUCCCUCAGAUGAAUGGAAUGAUCUACACAGGCUAUGCUCCGGCUCCUAUGGCGUUUCCCAUGACAACCCCUCAAGUGCCUGUUUAUGGGAUGCUCCCCCCCCAGAUGGGACCAAUGGGGGCGGUUCCCAUGAUGGCCCCUCAGCCUGUGAUGUACAACCAGCCAGUCCUGCGGCCUAGCAACCCGUUUGGCCCCAUGCCAGGAGCCCAGAUGCACUUUAUGUAGGAGCAGAAGUGUCACCAUGGCAACACAGAGAGGAAACACCCAUCGAGAUCCAAAUCCCGCAAAGGGAAGAAGAAGGAAUGGAUGAUUAGGAGUAGGAAAGGAGGAGGAGGAGGAGGAGGAAGGAAGGGAUAAGGAGGAGGAGGAAGGGAAGAUUGGAGAGGGGUAGAAAGGGGGUGUGGCAGGAGAACGGAAGACAAAAACAGAGACCCGUCACAUGACCUCUCCUGGCUCACCGCCUCUGCUCCAUGCUGUUGUCAUGGCUGAAUCCUCACACACACACACACACACACAAACAUAUACUCUGUAUUUACUGUUCUGAGUGGGUUAUGUAACGUGAAGUGAAUGAGUGAAUGAUUCUACAAUGACGCCAGUGGGAAGUUUGGAACUUGUUCAGCCCUUCACCACCCAGACCCGGCCAUCAUAGCCCCGCCCCCAUACAACAGGCCACUCCCUCCACCACAGGCCCCUCCACCACAUAAUAGACCACUCCCUCCGCCCACAGGCUCCUCCCCUACAACUAGACCACGCAGACCCAGCACUCUCCAUGCCCCGCCCCCAAACCAAGCUCUAUCUACCAUAAAUCUCUGAUCAUUUGCACGCACUUUAAUCUUUGUGAACUUGCCAAGGGUGUACAUACAGUACUGUUGAUCCAUUAGCAUCCGGAUCUAACCAUUCGAGUCUUUGUGAUAUGUAUUUGAUUCCAUUCAGUUUCUGUGUAUACGUCGUUCCGUGUGCUGGUUAGCCAGUGUAGCUCUGUACUAUCAGAGACCUGUGCAAGUGCUAUGAAUGUAGGAUGGUAAGGUACCCUCAUUAAUUCAGAACACACACACUCUCCCAUUGUGCCGGUUUCUGUUCCGCCUGCUUCACAUCACAGUUGUAUGUGAAGUCUCAAUAAUGUUGCCAUAAGAACAGUUUUGACCACUCAGACAGAGAAGCUGUUUUAAUACCUUUUCCCAUAAAGCUCCUAGAUAGUCUUACCCAUAAUGUUCCUGGACAGUCUUUACCAGUCUUUACCCAUAAUGCUCCUGGACAGUCUUUACCCAUAAUGCUCCUGGACAGUCUUUACCCAUAAUGCUCCUGCACAGUCUUUACCCAUAAUGCUCCUGGACAGUCUUUACCCAUAAUGCUCCUGGACAGUCUUUACCCAUAAUGCUCCUGGACAGUUUUUACCAGCCUUUACCCAUAAUGCUCCUGGAGAGACUUUACCCAUGAUGCUUCUGGACAGUCUUUGCCCAGAAUGCUCCUGGCCAGACAUUAACAGACUUUACCCACAAUACUCUUGGCCAGUCUUUACUCAUAAUGCUCCUGUUUAGAAAUUACCAUUCUUUCCCCAUUAUGCUAUUGGCCAGUCUUUACCUAUAAUUCUCCUAGCCAGUCUUUACCCAUAAUUCUCCUGGCCAGUCUUUACCCAUAAUUGGUCUAGAUGCAUCCUUCUCUGGGAUUGACCCAGAAUUAUUAAUUGGCAGACAGACAGGAAGGGAAAUUGACAGACAGGAAGGGAGACGGACAGACAGGUAGGCAGACCACAGACACAGUAUUUAUAGCACAAAUCUUGGAGGAAGGGGUGGGUCUCUAUGGCACAAGUAUUGAACCACAGCUGGGAUGUACAGAAGAGGGGUUGCUGGGAAGUAAUUGUUUUCUAUUGAUUGUGUUGUAUAUGUACUGUAUGUUCUGUAUGUACAUGUAUGUAUGUAUAUAUGUAUGUAUGUAAAUGUAUUUGCGUGUGUGUGUGUCUGUGUGUAUACAUGCCUUCCCAUCGAGAUAACAGGGUGAUGUUCCUUCAUGAGGCAUCCAGGCCUUCGUGUGCUGCCAUGGCCGGUGGCGUGUUCUUAGCGUAACUAGUCUUGUGUUCUACAUGUGUGCUGGAGGGUGAAAGGACCUUUUAUUAGUCUUGGGGAGCCCCCUGUCUUGUCCCUGUCCCCGCCCCCUGCCUCCCCUGACCGAGCCCCCAUCUCUGUCCCCGCCCCCUG